ACACGUCGUUCAGUGAGAGCGUCACAUGAACGCGUAUAUACAUGUUACAAAUACAAUAAAAGGCAACAGUAAGAGCACUAGCAGCAGCAACAACAGCAGCACCAGACACACUAUAAUCAAAUUCGCGCGCGCUUGAGUGUGUGUGUGUGUGUAUGUGUGUGUGGAUAUUUCGAAUAUCCAACAAAGACACAAAAGCAUAUCUCAUCGGACUUUUCGCUUGUUUGCCCAUUUGGUUCAGCGAACAAAACAUUGACAGAUUUUUGUUUUAGUUGUUUACGGGUGUCCAGUGAAAUCGGUGUUAUUUAUUCGAUCAGUUUUGCAUUUCGUAUGCGAUUUCCUGGCGGUUGCGCGACUUUUUUUUUCUCUAUCGCUCCCGCACAAGUGAAACAUAUAAUCGUGCGCGUGUUCAAGUGAAAUUUUCCGAGUUAUCACAUAACAAUUCCGCACAUCUUUUUACCGAGAAAGCAAUGUUUUUUUCUGUGUUGAUAGUGUAGAAAAGAUUCGUUGUAAUCAAGUAUUUUAAUGUGAAUCUAAUAGACUGUUAGCACUUAUCAAAUUGCGAUAAAAAUAAUUUAUUUUCUGACUUUUUGAAUCACAAGAAGAGAGAAUAACAAGAAUAAAGAAAAAAAAAAAUAGGAAGAGCAGCGAUUGUUUUGUAAAUGAAUGAAAAGAGAACGAGUUUUUUUUUGUUUUCUUGAUCUCCCUCUCUCUCUGGUCGUCGUUGUUGUUGAAUGGCUCACAGUGGGAAGCACAAAAUGAACCAACUGAUAAAAAUGCAGAAUGACAUUCUUUGAAACGGUGCACGUGUGUUUUGUUCCGUUUGACGACGGCGGCGUCUGAUGUUUUGAGCCAUUCACAUUUCGUUCGUUCGAUUUUGAAUCCGGUGCACCGAAUCGAUGUAUGAAGUCCAUUUGCAAGUGAAAAGAAAAGUUUACAAACAUCAACCACUGAGCAGAGCGCGCGUUGUGAUAUAUAUUUUGACGCUUUUUUCUUAUCGCAUCGUCAAUAGCAACAAUUCGUCUCAUUCUCAUUCUUGUGCACAAAAUACAUACAUUUUAACUUUAUUAAUAAACUUAUUGAUGACGCGUGCAAGUUGUUAGCACAUGUAAAAUAAACAGAAAACAGCAAAUACUUCGCAUUUUGCCGUACGUGUAGUUGUAGUGGUGUGUUCUAUUUUUUCUUCUUCUGAUCGCUUUUCGUUUGUGUGUUUGAAAGUGAGAAACACGAGACGCGCAUUAAUUCCGUUCGAUCGAAGUAUUGGCUUUAUGUGCGGUUUGGAGCACAUUCGUUUAGCGGACACAUCAAUUGAAGGAAUGAAGACAGAACUUUGUUGUUGUGCUGCAUGCGGUGAACCAAUAUCGGAUAGAUACCUUCUUGAAGUCGGCGGUUGUACAUGGCAUGGAUCAUGUUUGCGGUGCUGCAUUUGCCUGUCGCCAUUGGACCGUCAACCGUCUUGCUUUCUACGCGAGCGUCAGAUUUACUGUAAAACUGACUAUGCAAAGAACUUUGGUGCGAAGUGUUCAAAAUGUUGCCGUGGAAUUUCGUCAUCGGAUUGGGUUCGACGGGCCCGUGAAUUAGUGUUCCAUUUGGCAUGUUUCGCGUGCGAUUCAUGCGGUCGCCAAUUAUCCACCGGAGAACAAUUUGCGUUGCUGGAAGAUAGAGUUUUAUGCAAAGUACACUAUCUCGAAACCAUUGACGGCGGAACCACAUCCAGCGACGAUGGAUGCGACGCAGAUGGCUAUCACAAAAGUAAAGCAAAACGCGUUCGAACCACAUUCACCGAGGAGCAACUGCAAGUAUUGCAGGCCAAUUUUCAAAUUGAUAGCAAUCCAGACGGACAAGACUUAGAACGGAUCGCAUCGGUAACCGGGCUCAGCAAGCGUGUUACACAAGUCUGGUUUCAAAAUUCAAGAGCACGCCAAAAGAAACACAUUCAUUCAGUUCCGAGAGAUAGCGAUGGAAACUCGUACAGCCGUCAUAUCAAUCUCCAAUUGACCUACUCAUUUCAAAAUACAACACACAAUUCGCUACACAUAAAUAAUAACAACAAUCACAUUCCUAAUAAUAACAAUAAUAACAACAAUAAUAAAACGCAUGAAUCAUCGCUUGACGAUUUAUCACAAGAUUCGACCAUUCACUGCAUGCAAGCAGAAGUAUGAAACCAUUGACAAUUUACUACAAUCAUCAAAAGGAAGAAAAAACUUCUUUUACGUUUGAAUUUAAGAUGAGCAUUUUUUUUUUUAAAUCGCACGAAAAUCACUACAACUCACACAUAUGAGCAAAAACAUACUUCUUUCACGCACUAGAUAAGAAUAAUUUUUAAGAAUUUUCCCAUUUUGAUUUGCUAGCAUUUCGAAUUGAUGCGUAUUUAAAGAAAAAAGACGUAGGACAACCGUGGAUCUUCAUACCUUUAAUUAUGUAUUUCAAUGUAUUAUUAUGUAUUAUUAAAUGUAGUGUUUCGAUUUGGAAACAGUUUCUUCCUCAGCUACUCAUUGCGACGGCAUCAAUCUCCAUAAACUGGCAUUAAUAGAAUUAAAUAUCAAGUGAAAGAAAAAAAAAACUGAUGUGAUAAAAAGAGAACAACAACAUAAUGUGGAAAUAAAU